AUGGCGAUUCCGACAGCAAGAACCCCGAUGGCGAAUCCGACUCCAACGACCGUCACCGACCCGAAUGGCACGAUUGAACCGGCCGCUAACACCAGCCCUCAACUGUUCAUUCCGGAAUCUAGCCCCAUCACCCCAAUUCCAUCAAGCCCGAUCACCCCAAUCAGCCCCUUCAGCGUUGGAAAUCUCAUCCAUCCCUUGAUCCCACCCCUUAGUCCCAUUGACUCGCCGUGCCCCUCAGAUUUGAACAAGGAAACCACCACCGCUGACCCGCCAACACCUUGUUCUUCGUCUUCUGAAGAGAUGCCGCUCUCGAACACCCCAAAACAUACGAAAUCGUCCGAAAAGAUCAAAGUAAAGCCCCCAAAGAAAAACUCUCCGGCAUUGCUCACGAAGAAAGGAAAAAAACAGAAAUCACCCCCGUUGCCAAUUGUCAAAAGAAAGCUAUCCCAAUCGAGGUCCAAGAUUGUGACCAAGAGCGACGAGGACUCUGAGUAUCAGCUCCCUGAAGCUUCCAUCGCCUCUGAAGCAUCCGAAACGUCUGAAGAGUCCUAUUUGUCUGAUCCUAACUCCCUUCCUGAUGAUUCGGACGACAAAGAACCUUCUUCGGACGACCAAGAAAAUUUGCCCCCGUCGCCGAAGAACAGAACUAAAUCUUCUUUUCGCCCGUCUUCGAAAAACAGGAAGAACGUAUCGCCCCCGUUGCCAAAGAUCAGAAAGAACAGCCACCAAACUAAGAUCAACAACGACCGCCACUAUCAGCAGCCCGAGACGUCUGACUCUACCUCCUCUGAUAAUGCAGAUGACAAAGGGGAUGGCUCCGAUGAAGAUCAAGAUGAAGAUGACGAUGCAUUACCCAAGAGAAGACCGUUUCCUCCAGACGACGUUGAACAAACCCCUUCAUCUGGCAAAAAGAAGGAGAAGGCGAAAUCUGCGUCUGGCAACAAGAGAACAAAAGGAAACAAGAAGAAAAUCCAGAAGAAGUCCGCCUCAUUCAAGGAAUCCGAAGAGGCAGAAGUCGAGUCGGAUGUGGCCCAUAUUCUUCAAGCCGACGACUCAUUCCUUGGUAAUCAGACGGCCGGCGACGAAUCCAUUGCGAAUCACACCGCCGAAGGUUCCUUCCUUGCCAAUCAAACGGCCGGCGACGCGUCUUUGCUUGAUCAGACGGCCGAGACAGCCUGCGACAAUUCCUUGCUUAAUCCUGGCGACGAAACCAUUCAGACUGGGGAAGACGAAUCCUUCCUGGCCAAUCACACUGCCGCUGCCGAAGAGAAUUCCGUACAGUCUCAGAAGCCACCUCCAAAGUCUCAGCCUGCCUCACGACUUCGAUUACUGCUCAAAUUGCCUAAGUUACCUGCCUCAGGUGAUGAAUUACGUCCCGAUUCAAAGCCUCCAAGCCCGCCCUUACCACCUGAAAGCGCAAGACGGCGAUCUACCCGCCAAAAAAAGUGA